AAAGCCUCACAACUCUUCAUUUAAAUGUAGAAUUAGGUCGUCAACGUGCCGAGUAAUAGAUGAAUCUGGAUAGAUGAACUGACACGUAAACUAUAAAGGGAAACAUGAAGACUUAGCAAAGGCUAAAUGCCGCAGAAUAGACCUGAGUCACACAGACUUUGGGAUUUGUAGUCUCCACAUUUGGAGCAGUUUACCAUUAAUCAGUCCCAUAAUACGGAGGAGUGUUGCAGCCAUGGCAGGCAAGGGUCGAGGAGUAGCUGCCUUUACGUUCAACAUCGAUGCUCUGGGCAUCGGCAGGGGCAGCAUGCCAGAAGCCAGGGUGGGGCCCAGUCCGCUGUUUCCAAACACUGACUAUAAGCCAGUGCCGCUGAAGGCUGGAGAGGAUGAGGACUACAUGCUGGCCUUAAAACAAGAGAUGAGGGGAACGAUGCAGCGGCUACCACACAACAUUAAGCCUCUGUCCAACAAAGCAGAUGUUGAGAAGUACACAGAGAUAUACCUGAAACAGAAGCAGAUUAUUGAUGACGAGUGGACUCCAGACUGGAACCUCUUCCCAAAAGAACUGAUGCCCCAAAAGAAAAAACUUUGUGCUAAACCAGCCACGAAGAAGAAAACUGUGAAGAUAUCACGCAAAGAAAGCGAGGAGAUGUUGACUAAAUUAGAUGAACUAGCAAAGAAAGAUGACGGGAACCCUGAAAAAUCGGAUGAUGAGACUGAAAAGAAAAAAGGCAACGAGGAGGAGGAAGAGUUAGAAGAAGAAGAAUAUGAAGAAGAGGAUAUUGAAGAGGAGAACGACUACAUUGACAGCUAUUUUGACAAUGGUGACGAUUUUGCUGCAGGCAGUGAUGACAAUAUGGACGGUGAAGCGACAUACUGAGAGUCGGUCAACAAGAGCUGUGACUUCUAAUCGUGAAAUACUGUUGAUAAGCUGGGAAUACUUUGUGUUUUUUUUUUUUUGCUUUGUUUCGUUUGAUUUUGAGAGGCGAGCGUGUCUUGAAGAGUUAUGUAAAUAAUACAAGCCAAACUUUGUGCAUACUGGCAAUAAUUUAUUCAAAAUAGAUGUAUUUAUUUUCCAACCCUUUAGCUGUGUUGCGAAAGGUUGAAAGGCACAUAUUGUCAACAAAACGUUAUUCUUUUCCAUGACGUAUCAAGUGGACAAAGUGGUCAAAUAAAAGGGCUAUAACAAAGUCUAAAGCUUCA